AUGUUACCGAAGCUUCUACUGUUCGCCACACUGGUGACGGUGGCGGCCAGCCGGAGAACAACCAUUCCCUAUGAGCCAACAACUUCACAGACGACAACCAGAAACCUGCCAAUCGUCACCUACAGACCACAUCCGUAUCCAUUCCCGAAACCGCCAUAUUACCGGAAAAGCAACGAAUGGAAUAGCAUGACGGAAGACAAUUUACAACCACAGAAGCCAAAGAUUACCCGAUCCGAAGCUAUUCAAAUAAUCACGGCUCUUCAGAGAAUGAUCUACAGAAAUGGAAACGGUCGAAACGCUAUUCAUCAGACACGGACGCCUUAUUUGGGACUCGUUCGACAUAAUUCCGCACCACGACCAUCAACCCCAUACCCUGACAGAACCAAAUACGCCAGGGGACCACGACCAGGAACCCCAUACCCAGGAAAAUUGGCCCUUUCAUCAGAACCGCGACCACCAACCCCAUACCCUGAUAGAAUCAAAUACGCCAAGGGACCACGACCAGGAACCCCGUACCCAGGAAGAUUGGCCCUUUCAUCGGAACCGCGACCACCAACCCCAUACCCUGACAGAACCAAAUACGAUAGGGGACCACGACCAGGAACCCCAUACCCUGAUAGAAUCAAAUACGCCAGGGGACCACGACCAGGAACCCCAUACCCAGGAAGAUUGGCAAUUUCAUCGGAACCACGACCACCAACCCCAUACCCUGACAGAACCAAAUACGCCAGGGGACCACGACCAGGAACCCCAUACCCUGAUAGAAUCAAAUACGCCAGGGGACCACGACCAGGAACCCCAUACCCAGGAAGAUUGGCAAUUUCAUCGGAACCACGACCACCAACCCCAUACCCUGACAGAACCAAAUACGCCAGGGGACCACGACCAGGAACCCCAUACCCAGGAAAAUUGGCCCUUUCAUCAGAACCGCGACCACCAUCCCCAUACCCUGAUAGAAUCAAAUACGCUAAAGGACCACGACCAGGAACCCCAUACCCAGGAAGAAUGCUUUCGUCGUCGUCCUACUUCUCUUACGCGCGACAACCACCAAUCCAAUAUUCAUCGCGAAUCUCACGCAUUUCUCGUCCUCCGACCCCAUACCGGGGCUACAUGGAUAAUUAUCCGUCACAACGAUCCUAUUCGCCAAUUUCCGAUGAUGAUGAUAAUUCCGUACGCUACCGAGCAGGUCCACUAACGUCAUAUCCAAAGAAGCCCAUCGAAACCAAAUUCUACCUCGGCGAAGAACAAGGCGAUGUACCAAUGCCCGGACUUGAUUAA